AUGGCUCCUCCAUCAUACAGCGAUUUGGGCAAACAGGCUCGUGACAUCUUCAGCAAAGGCUACAACUUUGGCCUGUGGAAGCUGGACCUGAAGACCAAGACAUCGUCGGGCAUUGAAUUCAACACAGCUGGUCACUCGAACCAGGAGUCGGGCAAGGUGUUUGGCUCCCUGGAAACCAAGUACAAGGUUAAGGAUUAUGGCCUUACUCUGACGGAGAAAUGGAACACAGACAACACUCUGUUCACUGAGGUCGCUGUGCAGGAUCAGCUGUUGGAGGGCCUCAAGCUGUCGCUGGAGGGCAACUUUGCACCACAGUCGGGCAACAAGAACGGCAAGUUCAAGGUUUCAUACGGUCAUGAGAAUGUCAAGGCCGAUUCGGAUGUCAACAUUGACCUGAAGGGUCCCUUGAUCAACGCAUCUGCUGUGCUGGGCUACCAGGGCUGGUUGGCUGGCUAUCAAACUGCCUUCGAUACACAACAAUCCAAGUUGACCACCAACAACUUUGCUCUCGGCUACGCCACCAAGGACUUUGUCCUGCACACAGCCGUGAAUGACGGCCAGGAGUUCAGCGGUUCAAUCUUCCAACGGACUUCCGAUAAGUUGGAUGUGGGUGUUCAGCUGUCGUGGGCCACCGGCACCAGCAACACCAAGUUCUCUAUUGGCGCCAAAUAUCAAUUGGACGACGAUGCAAGCGUGCGCGCCAAGGUCAACAAUGCCAGCCAGGUGGGCUUGGGCUAUCAACAGAAGUUGCGCGAUGGCAUCACCUUGACCCUGUCCACGCUUGUCGAUGGCAAGAACUUCAAUGCCGGUGGACACAAGAUUGGCGUUGGCCUCGAAUUGGAAGCCUAAGUUAGUUCAAGAUGAAAAGCUGAAUGCGCUGCCAGCACUUUGCAUACAGUAAUAAUCACAACAACAAUAGUAACAUCAGUAACAUUACAACAGCAACAAGAGAAACAAAUUAAAAGUGUAACAACAAUAAAACACAGAAAAAAAAAACAACAAAUUACACUACACGAAUCUUCAUGUUUAGCAAAGCAUUUGCCAACAUUUGCUGCGGCCCCGGAUCAGAUUGUAGUCCGUUCGAUCGUUGGACAUAGUCUCGUUUAGUGCAUAGCUAAGUACAUAUAUUUAUUGUUGGCAAACAGUGAAAUACAUAAUUUACCUAUUAAAAAACAACAACAA